UACCAUCCGACAGCAGAACUGCAGCUGCACGUAAAGCUCGAACCACCGCCGGAGGAGGAAGUGUGUGGUCGAAAAUAGAUAUUUAUUUACCCAUUUUCACGACUACGUGUGUCGAAUCGUUCGCACCAGUUGUAGAAACUCUCAAUACACUUAAUCUGAUUCACUGAAGCAGCUCAUGCAAAAACUUCAAAAUGAAAACUGAAGUCUCGACUGCGGCUAACUUUGUCACUCGUCUAUUGAGAGGAACAAGAUUGCUUUCAGAAGAACAGCUGCAACAAUUCAGAUUCUCUUUGGAAGAAGCUUUGGGGGAUCAUUAUCAGCAUCACUGGUUCCCCAAUGCCCCUUGCCGAGGUUCCGGUUACAGGUGUAUCCGGAUCAACCAUAAGAUGGACCCUUUGAUCGGCAAAGCCGCCUGUAUGAUUGGAAUCACAAAGGAACGGCUCUUCUCACUACUGCCAAGUGAGCUCACCAUGUGGGUCGACCCCUACGAAGUGUCCUACCGGAUCGGAGAGGACGGAUCCAUAUGUGUUCUCUAUGAGUCCGUGCCUCCGUCCGACACGAAUCAAACACCAGCGGACAGCUGCAAAGAUGAACUGAGAAUUGGACGGACGAGCCCGUCUAAAUCGUUUGGCAUGAUGACUUGCUCUAGCUGAAGAGUCGGUGUCUAAUUAGCUGCUUGUGGGCACAGCGAAUAAACGCAUUGCUCACAUUUGAUUUGCUAAUUAUUUUCAGGCAGAUUUUUUUAAAUCAAUGGUGAAUACAGAUGUAUUUUGAUUAAAUGUAUGUUUUUAGCUCUCUGUACAGUCAUGUUGAAUAUGUGUGUUUUUUUUUUUUUAGAUUUCUAUUAA